AUGUCUGACAUCGACGAUGAACUCUUCGCCCUCGCUGGCGGUGACGAAGAGGCAGACGUUGAAGAAGGCGAGGCCUCAUCGCCAGCAGCCUCUUCGCCGAAUUCACUAGGCUCAGAUGCUAUGGAAGAGUCCGACUCCGAGCGCGACGAUGAGCCACCUGCACGAUCGACCGAUGUGCCCUAUCCUCUCGAGGGCAAGUACAUCGACGAGUCCGACAAGAGGAGGAUCAUGGGCAUGUCGCAGCUGGACCGCGAAGAGAUUCUCGGUCAGCGUGCCGAGGAGAUGAGCAGAGCCAAUUUCACAGCUGAGCUGGCUCGGCGUGCGGCGAAUCUGCAGAACGAUAGGAAACGCAAAGUUGACUCGGAGGAGCCUGAGGAGAACAGGCGACCAAAGGUCAAGGCUAGGGUGAACGACAAGCUUGAGGAAUACAAACGCAAUCGCGAGCAGCGUGGUCAGCAGAGAGACCGAGACAACGAUCGUCGCAGCCACCGCCGGAGAUCGAGCUCGGCAGAUCGCGACGGCGCAUCGGAUGUCGAUGCUGACGGCGAGAGCGAUGUCGAGUGGGAUGACCGUGCGCCUGUCAAGGCUCGCGAAGAGUUGCCGGCCACUCUUCGUGACUUCGACUCCGUGCGGGUUGGCCGAGGGUUCUUCUCUGAAGUCUGCUUCUACCCAGGCUUCGAGGAUGCCGUCACCGGUACCUUUGGACGUGUUGGUGUUGGACAGGAUGCGCAGCGUCGAACAAUGUAUAAGAUGGCGCAGAUCAAGGGCAUCAACACCGGCAAACCUUACGUCUUUGAGGGCAAAAACGGAGCGAAAAUUGCAACCGACCAAUACGUCAUUGCGCAGCAUGGGUCAACUAAGAAGGAUUACCAGUUCCAAUUCUUAUCGAACCAGCGCUUCGACGAUCGCGACCUCGACGUAUAUAAGCAGUCUCUCACUGAGUCGAACUCGAAGAUCCCCACCAAGUCCUUCCUUGAGCGGAAGUACGACGACCUCAAGAGCCUUCGAGACCACCACUGGACUGAGCCUGAAAUCAACGCACGCAUCGCAAAGGCAAAACAAUACCAACACCUGCUUCACCGCAACUCGGUCGACGCGCAGCCAAGGAUACAAACACAGUCCGAAGCUGCCGCUGUCAAGACUGCGGAACUCAAUCGCCUCAACCGCAUUCAUGAGGCGGAGCGCGUACGAAAAGUCCAACUGGAGCAGCAGCGCCAGAAGAAGAUGGACCAGAAGAGAGAAGCCGCGCGCAAGCAAGCCGAAGAGGAGGCUAGGAAGGCACAAGAAGAGGCGGUGCUCAAGAACGAGACAGACGCGUUGUUCGGUGAUGACGACGUCUCAUCGAGAGCCAGCACGCCGAAACCGCAGGAUAAGAAGAAGACAGAACGCAAGGGUCUGCCAACAUUCAGGAAACCGAAGACAGAUGACGACUUCAUCGCCAGUAUGGAUCUGGAUUUCGACAUUGCGAUCUAG